AUGACAGACCUGCUGGAGAAAAACAAAGAUUGGUUAGGUAGUUUGGAAAGGCAACCAUUUUUGCUCCCCCUAACUGUAUAUACCUUACUUCGGCUUAUCCCAGAUCAUCAUUUAUCUCCUCAACAGACGUCACUAGUUACUCCUACAAAUCCUGUGAAUUUAUCCAAGUUACGACAGAAAGAAUUGACUCUGGUUGAAGAUCUUAUUCGAAAGAAUUUUGACCGUUGUGCCCAAAUCGGCCGCGAUUUCAUUCGUCUCCUACAUGGCGUCGCACGUUUGGAACCGAUGAAGCGUUUGUGGGAUGAUUUACUACAGAACAUUUCUUCUUUGUCAUCCCAUUUUUCAAGUCUUUCUGAAAUUUUGGAAAUCACGACACCCCAGUGUUUUACGCAGACCCUUAUACCACAUGAAAUGGAACAAUGGGUUCGCUGGAUGAUGAAAAAUGUUCAUUGUGUCCCGAGAGUUCCUGUUCAUCGUUAUCAAGACUUUUUUCAAAGAAAAUUCUUUUCGACUCCUGAAAGUCAAAGUCUUCGUGUGUGCCUUUUGCGUUACGUUGUAACCUACUUUUAUCCUGACAACGAAAUGUUGGCCUCCACCUUAAUACCACGAUGGAAUGUGGUUACUUGGAUUUUAUCUCAAUCUACAUGUCCUGUUGCUACUGUUAAUGCCAAAUUGGCUCUAUUUUACGAUUGGCUGUUUUUCAAACCAAAUGAUUGCAUAAUGAAUUUGGAACCUGCUUUAUUAGCCAUUAUGAAUCAUCUUAAUCCGCGUUCACAGCUGAUCGCGUUUUCACUCGUUGAUUUCUUGACUAAAAUCGUUGGAACCUAUUAUCCUCCAAUGACUGAAAGAAUCGUGAUGGGUGUUCGUUCUGGUUUGGAAGAAAUGAUCCGUUUGGGUGUUGUAAAAAGCAUCGCUCCUCUAUUCGAGUUUUUACAUCGUUCCUCUUCUUUGGAUUUGUUGCGAUCACUUCGUAUUUUGUUGGGUCUUGAGCCUAAUACCGCUUUGACAAGUAUCGCAAUUCCUCCUUUGGAAAGUCCAAGUCGUCCAAUACCUGAGAAAUGGCCGGGACCAGGAGAUACUCCAGUAGUGAGUACGAAUUCGAGCUCUGUUACAAAUACCACCGUUGUUUCUCGAAAUCAAACUACCACAUCCUUAACAGUCACAAGGUCUUUGUCACCAGAUAGUGGGCCACCAACAGACCCUCGUCUGACACGGGGUCAUGCUGCUAUUCUCGCUGGAGCUGUUCCCCCAAAUUUGAAUCCCACUCAAACUGAAAACCUGCCUAAACCUGUUUUAACGACCUCUGAAGUAAUUCCAAGUCUUCAGCCAAACAUACCGAAUACUUUACAGCAAAAUCCACUACCAUUCACCGUGUCACAGGAUGAUUCAAAAACUCCGAUUGUCCCUGCACGUAGUACGUUACCUGUAUUGCCAUCCUUACCACGUAGUUCUCAACAAUUAACGGAAGUUCAAAUAACUGAUGACUUGGAUAUAAUGGAGAUUAAUAUUUUGGAAAAUAAACAGGCGCUUACAAGAACUGCUACCUGGAGUCCACCACCAAUAGAAAGCCGGCAUGUCAUCAAGAAAUCUGCUGACCACGAACCAGAUACUCCUGAUUCACUAGAGCUCAAAAUUGAUAGUCUCCGGCGUCGAUUUCAAGAUUAUCAACUUAGAUUUCACUACUUUGUGGAAUCUGUUGAUGUAAACCCAUUGAUUAAACAACUUGAUGGACCCAUACGUACAGCAUUAGAACAGUUUCGUGAUGUGGCUAAACAAGUUGGUUUAAUACGGAAUUCUUCAAUUGGUUUGUGUGCUUCGCAAAAUUUGGAUGAUUUAGAUAAUGGUUGCUAUGAUCAGGAAACAAAUUCCUCAGUAUACCUUCGCUCUGCCUCUGUCCUCAAUGAUUUGUGCGAGUCAAUGGAGGCUCUAAUUCAAGCUGUACUUGUUGAAGAUAGCUUCGAUGAUUUAGAGAUCGCUGGACGAACAGCAGCUGUUGUAUGUGAAUUACUGUUCUGUUUAUUUGCACAACGUUUAAUGCCUGUCGGAGUUGAGUGGUCUGAAGAACAUUUGGAAGAUUGCUUAGAGUUCCCAAUAUUUAUUCCUUUCCGUCAUCUUUUACAAAUGAAUCCGGGUGAUCCCAAACGUGAACUACUCUUAUUAUUAUUAACAGAGAUGCAAACUCGACAACCUCGUCUUGGUUAUCAUCUAUUAUUUUUCCUUAAAAUCAGUAAAUUGAAUGAUGAAAAAAUGUCGAUUUAUCGUAAUUUUUGUGCAAGUCAGGAAAAUCCUAACUUACGGGAUUCUUUAUUUAAGGAUAUGCAAUUAUUAUCUGACGAUAAUCGUCGCCUGUUCGCGUAUUUGCUUCCAGACGUAUUUACUGUGUUUUCAUCAGAACUAUCUGAUGACACGGAAUUUCUUCGACUUAUUGUUGCUACCAUUGAUCCUGGAAUGUGUAAUUCUCUUAUUAGUGAAAUAGUUCGUGGACAUUUAAAUCUCUUUCCAAAUAAUGAUUUGACCAAUAUAUUAAAUGCUAGUCUUGAAUGGAAUUCUAUUGAACAGUUAUUCUUUUGGCAGUUGAUCAAUGCUCAUGAAAUUCCAACUAGUCGAUUCCUACCAUUAAUUCAUUCUGUCGAUUCAUUCAAGCACCCUGAAGCAUGUUCCAAUUUGAUUCUUCUCCUGAAACUAGAAAAACCUAGCUUCGAACUAGUACGUGCUUUACUAUCUCGUCGUAGUUCAAAUGAUUUAUUAUCAAUGACUGCAUUGCACUUUUGGAGCUGUCCAGAUAAUCAACAUGCUGGACGUUUCUCGAGUAUUUUGUGUUCUUUUAUCAAUGCACCUUUAUCUGCGACAAAUACAUUUAGUGCAUCUUCAUCUGCUGCUAAUCAAAAUAUGAAAGAUGUCAAAGAAAGACGCCGUAGUUCUUCAAAACAUCAGAUAUCACCUGAAGAUUGUGUGGACUUAUCACUCAUUCUUACCCACUUGGAUUCUAUUCGAAGAAAUUGUAAAAAUAUAUCAUUGUUGCAAGACGAUAAUAUUCAGUCAGCUCUUCAGUCGUUAGCAGUAUCACCUAAAUUAUCUCCGAAUCUUAAAGAUCAUUUCUCUGAUUUAUUGGCAUUAGUUGAAGAUCUUCCUUCAACGCCCAGUGAUUAUCGUUCACAAAUACCAGAUUCUUUGUCAAGUUGUAAUUCUUCCGUUCAUAUUAAUGGUGAUAUGUAUAAAAGUGAUGUGAGAAAAGUUUCAUCUGAUCGAAUCAAAUCUACUGGUGGUGGUAGUAAAGGUGGACAUAGUCUUCGUAAUUUGGAUUCACGACGAGCAGCUGAAGCCGAAAGGCGGCAAGUAGUCUCUUCUAAUUUUAGUGGUAGUUCAACAUCUUCCAAACGUCAUAAUCGAAGUGAUAGUCAGUUGAAUAAUUUUGAUGGUGAUUCUGAUGGUAAUGAAGUUGGUACUGGGACUAGUGACUCAUCAUCUUGUUCGUCCGACGAAGAAGAAGAAGAAGAAGAGAUAACAAUCAGUAGAAAAACUAGAAGUGGCGCAAUGCGUUCUGUAGAUAAAUCUACUAAUAAAUUAAAAACAAGUGGAGGAAAACGUGUAAAUAAUGAAGUAGUUGUAUCAAAGGAUCGUAAAUCAACUAAUAAACGUUCAUCGAGUCGUCAAGAAAUAGACGAUGAAUCGGUUAAAAGCGAAGAUGAUGAGGAUGAUGAAUAUGAAGAUCGUGCACUGGAAGUUGUUGUGAUUGAUGAUGAAAGUGGCGAUGAUUCUAAUAGUUCCAAGGCUACUUCUUUGCGAGGUAAUAAUAACAAUAAUAAUGAUAAUGAUGAGAUCGAUGAUGAUUGCAAGAUACGUCCACCGAAACGUCGUAAAACAACAAUAAAGCGUUUUAUGUUAGAUGACUGA